GAGGUUUUCAGGGAAUUGUGGGCCAAGAGAGCAGAGAAAAGGCGCACGAUUUAAAGCGGGCGACAUAAACCUGCCCCACCUGCCCCAGUCUCUCCUACACCUCAGAGCCGCCAAGAUUAUUCACCUUUCUGCAGAGAAAGAUUUGAGUUGGUGUCUAAAGAUGACCACGCCAUCCUCCCAGGUCUUGCUGAAAAGCACCUCUUCCAUGUCAUUAGAUGAGCGAUUCACCAUGAUGCUGAAGAAAAAUCAGGUGCCCCUGAUUGACACCAUGGAUGCAGUGCCCCAGCAGCUGACCGCUUCAGUGAAGAACCAGCGUCUAGCUCAGCAGAUGGCCAAUCGGCCUUCGGUUCUGGCCGCCCUUCAGAGCAAUUUGCGUGUGAAACAGAAUCAGUUUAAGGGCAGCAUUAAGACAAGGCUAGGCCCCAUGAUGAGGGGUGGCCUGCAUGGGAUGUCUAGAUCCUGGAGAAGACCAAGGGGAAAAAGCGUGGUACUGAGGGGAGCUUUUUCACAAAGAUGCACAAAUGGGGGCCUGAUUCCACCACCGUAUGGACCUCUUAUAAGCAGAAGAGGAUUUAUACGAAGUAGAGGACUAAGAGGAGCUCUCAGAGGCAAAGCAGGUAGGGGCAUGAUGUUUGUAGGUCGUGGCUUGGCUGGAAGACAUGCUAGACCAGGCAGUCGUCCUCUCCCCACGCGAGAGGAGCUAGAUGCACAACUGGAUGACUACAUGUCCAUGACCAAGAGUCAACUGGAUGCCCAGCUGGAUGCAUACAUGGCAGAAGUUGACCCUGAACGCUUACUGUAAUGAACCAAGCACUUUGGUAUAUAAAUAUAGCGUAAAUUAUUACUUCCAGUUGGCAGUCUUUCCCUUUUUGUUAUUACUUUGAUUGCUAUUGCAGUACGUUUACAAAACAGCCAUUAUCUGCCUCUAAGUUGGUUAUAUUUUUGCUUAAGAGGCCAUUUGGUUAUCACAUUUUAAAUGUAAUUCCAUCUUAUUACUUAUGUUGUAUUGGUUGGUUUAAGCUGAAUGUACUGCUUUUGUUAAAUGUUAAAUAUUAUUUUAAAGAUUAUGGCAGUGAGUCCAUGCAAUGAAAAUACCUGCUAUAUUUCAGAACUGUUUAAAAAUCUGGAUUGUGUAAUCUAUUGCCAUGUCUUUCAUGUUCUUUAUUUAAUAAAAAUUUAUUUGAUAAA